GCCAAACAAAAUGCAUUUUAAAAAAAGGGAAAUUUAAAAAAUGGCAAAGCAGCCAAAUGUUAGAGACCCUUAAAAAAAUAGUUGGAAAAGUUUGAGUUUCCCACGGACCGCAUUGGCAACGCCUGGACUACAAACCCCAGAAUGCAAAGGAGCAGAGAAAAGGCGGGGGCGCUGGCUCCUCCAGGGACUUUUCGAUGUCUCGGAGAUCCAACGCUUUGCAUUUAGAGAAGAUUUGGUCUUCCAUGCCGAUCCACCGUCUAACGUUCUACCUCUCUCAAGAUACCGGCUGUUUUGCUGAGAAUCACCCAAAGGAAGGAUUUUGUUCUGUAGAAUCUUGCAACCAAUGGAGACCAGGAGCCAAAUCCUGCUUUUUCUACCCUUAUCCAUGUUCUUCUGGAUCCCGGGGAGUUUCACGCUGCUAGAAGCAGACGGAGGCUGGCGGACCAACAGGCACGCCGCGUUGCCAGAAGAUGGGAGUUGCACGGUGGAGAGAAGGGACGCCUCCCUCACUUAUGCACAGUUUAUUCAACAGUAUGCCUUCUCUCGGCCGGUAAUACUUCAGGGAUUAACUGACAAUACCGAAUUCCAGGCUCAGUGCACCAAAGACCAGCUGUUGGCCAGGUUUGGAGAACAUCUGGUUCGCCUCAGUACCGCCAACACCUACUCUUACCGCAAAGUUGAUCUACCCUUCCAAGAUUAUGUGGCUCAUUUGCUGGAACCCCAGGAUCUGGCUUCCCUAGGAAGUGAAACCCUCUACUUCUUCGGAGACAAUAAUUUCACUGAGUGGGGGUCCCUCUUCAAGAAAUACAACCCUCCACCUUUCAGGAUUCCAGGCACCACGGAAGCCUACAGUUUUGGGAUUGCGGGGUCUGGUUCCGGAGUGCCAUUUCAUUGGCACGGGCCUGGCUUUUCGGAGGUCAUCUUUGGGAGGAAGCAUUGGUUCCUGUAUCCUCCAGAGAAAACACCAGCGUUCCACCCCAAUAGGACAACUUUGUCCUGGUUCCUGGAUAUGUACCCUUCUUUGGCUCCCUGGGACAAGCCGGUGGAGUGCACCAUCCAUCCAGGAGAGAUUCUCUAUUUUCCGGACCGCUGGUGGCACGCAACCCUCAACCUGGACACCAGUGUUUUCAUCUCCACAUUCCUGGGUUAGCAGCUCCAAGGGGCCCCCUCCUAUGUGAAGGAAUUCUAGCCACCAUUCCUCAUGCAAAGAAGUUGGAUUCCUUGGCCAUUUCAAACCUCCGUGCUGGUCUAUCGAUUGAAAAUUCUCCCAAUCUCUCCUGUCAGAUGAACAGCACAAUCGUUUAUUUCGGCACAAGGCUUUGGGAGCCAGAGACUAUAACUCCCAUCACCUGGAAAUAUCUCUGUUGGCUUUCACCAGCAAGGGACUUGAUGACAUUCAACAGCCAGAAGACCUCGUGAAGGUGGUGCCAUCAGCGAUGGUUGACCCUAGUUGACACCACCUCUAUGGCCAUGUAGACCAGCCGAGAUGAUGUGGUCCCAACUGACCAUACCUAGACCAUCUUUCUCAGGGACCUCCUCCCCAACCUUUUAAAGCCAGCAUCUCAGGACCAACUCCUCCUUCUCUUCCUCCUCCCCCAAUUUUUUAAAGAAAUGUUGCAGGGCACAAGAUUGAUGCUUUCUAAGGUGUGUUUUGCUCCCCAACAUCCUUCGACCUGUCCUUGCAUUUGCCGCAGGGUGGAAAAAGGUGAAGCGGGGUCUUCCUUCCCUCAAUUACAGCUAGUCCUCGACUUUGAAGGUCCACAACCGAGCCCAAAAUUCACGUGAGCCAUUUGUGAAGUGAAGUUCGGCCCAUUUUUAAGACCUGGGAUGCCCAUGGCUGCGAAGGGGAUCCCUUUAGUUAUGAAGUGAGUCACGCGGUUGUGAAGUGAAUUUGGGUUUUUCCCAUUGGCUUUCCCUGUCAGAAGGUCGCAAAAGGGGAUCACGUGACCCUCCCCCCCCCUCCGGGACUCUGCAACCGUCAUAAAUAUGAAUCAGUUGCCAAACGGCUGGAUUUUGACCACACAACCCCAGGGAUCCUGCAAUGAUCGUAAAUGUGAAAAAUGGCCAUAACCCACUUUUUCCAGUGUCGUUCUAACUUUGGUCA